AUGUCUUCCUUAACGGUCGGCAUAGCUGGCAUCUCCGGAAAAUUUGCCCUCCUUCUGGCGUCCUGUCUUCUCGAAAGAGAUCCCAAAGUCAAGAUCAAAGGUCUUGCGCGAAGCCCAUCAAAAGUCCCGAAAGCGCUAUCCUCUGCACAGAACCUGGAAUUGAUCCAAGGCGAUGCUUUCGAGGUCGACAACAUUCGACAGUUCGUGCGUGGAUGUAGUGUUAUAGUGUGCUGCUACCUGGGGGAUGAUCACCUCAUGAUUGAUGGGCAGAAGCUGCUUAUUGAUAUCGCCGAGGAGCAAAGCGUCCCACGCUACGUUGCCUCGGACUGGUCGACAGAUUGGACGAAACUUGAAAUGGGGGCUCUUUUCUCCAAAGAGCCGUGCCAACGCAUCAAGGCUUAUCUGGACACCAAGACGGCCAUCAAAGGUGUACAUAUCCUGGUCGGCGGAUUUACUGAUGUUAUUUUCGCACCGUUUUUCGGAAUCUACGACCCCAAAUCAUUUACUUUCAGUUACUGGGGGACCGGUGACGAGAAGUGGGAAUGUACGACAUAUGCCAACUCAGCUGAGUAUACUGCUGCUGUGUGUCUGGAUCAAAGUGCUGCUGGUGUCUUAAGAUUUGUCGGCGACGUCAAAAGCACGCUCGAAAUCGCCCAAAUCUUUCAGAAAGUCUACCACAUCAAGCCGAAGUUGAUGAGUCAUGGGUCUCUGGCUGAAUUACAUACAAAGAUGAUCGAAGAGAGGGGAAAAUAUGGUGCAGAUUUCUAUAAGUACGUGUUCUAUUGGUAUCAUUACUUUCAACUUUCGGGAAAAUCGUUCAUGGGGCCAAAGUACGACAACGAAAUGUAUCCAGAUAUCAUACCCGUCACGAUUGAAAAUUAUAUGCGACAGGCAAUGCCUUGGGGUCUUGGUGGAGCAUCUUUUACCUGGGAGAAGAGGACGAAGGAGAAUUGA